AUGUCGAACGAGGAUGCUCUCGAAAUGACCACAUCGAAAGCCGUUUCUCAGCAGGACCGUGAAGCCGGCGAUGUCGAGAACGUCCAUCUGAGUGAGGAUGUGGCCGUCAGGUUUCUGGAGAACCUCGACCCUGCCAUCAAAGACGUCCCGAUUUCUGCCAAAGAAGCGCGCAAAGUUCUCUGGAAGAUUGAUCUGAUCGUCCUACCCGUCAUUGCAGGAACUGUCAUUUUGAGUGCCGUGGAUAAGGUUGUCAUCUCCAAUGCAGCCAUCAUGGGCAUGAAGCAUGACCUUAAACUCGUCGGUAACGAAUAUUCUUGGGUCGGAAGCAUCUUUUACUUUGGCUUUCUAAUCUUCGAGUACCCGCAAGCCAUCUUGAUCCAGAGGCUGCCGGUGGCAAAACUGUUGGCUGCUUGUAUUCUCUCCUGGGCUGUCCUCCUCUUCUGCAGUGCUGCAACAAACAAUUUCGCUGGGCUUGCAACGGUUCGUUUCAUCUUUGGUUGCGCUGAAGCAGGGGCUUUCCCUACUGCGUCGAUCCUAACUGUCAUGUGGUACACAAAUCGGGAACAACCAGUCCGCGUGGCAAUCUGGUACAAUCAGUUUUCGUCAGUCUUCUCUGGCAUCACCUCGUACGCAAUCUCACAGACCCAUACACACUUAGCACAAUGGCGCCUCCUCUUCAUCGUCCUCGGGGGCAUAACCGUUCUCUGGUCCGCUACGGUCCUUGCUUUCCUACCCGACUCACCCGUGUCCGCCUGGUGGCUGUCUCCCCGAGAACGAUACAUCGCCAUUCGUCGAUUUCAGAAGAACAACACGGGUAUCGAAGAUAAGAGAGUCAAGUGGUACCAGAUCAAGGAGCUCUUGGUCGACCCCAAGACAUACCUGCUUGCGCUGUUUGCCUGUGCACAGAACAUCCCCAACGGUGGACUCGUUACCUUUUCUUCCAUCAUUGUGUCUGGCCUUGGGUACUCGGUUCCCAUUACGACAUUGCUUGGUAUGCCAACUGGGGUUGUCGCGACGACUUGGCAAAUCAUUCUUGCUGUUUUUUGUGCCAAGCUCAAAAACAUGCGCUGCACCAUUAUUGCCGUGGCCAAUAUUGUCCCUAUGGUCUGUGCGAUCCUCAUGUGGCAGUUACCACGAGAUAACCAGACAGGUCUUCUGGCUGCGUACUAUGUCUUCUACACUUACUGGGGCGUAAUCCCCAUGGCCAACGUGUCUGGCCAUACAAAAAAGGUCACUAUGAACGCUGGCUAUUUCUUUUCCUAUUGUCUGGGCAAUAUUAUCGGACCUCAGGUUUUUCAGAAGAAUGACGCGCCCAACUAUACGAAAGGAUACACUGGGCUCCUCAUCUGUCUUGUUGUUUCGGCAUUGUCCAUCUCCGUAUACGGACUUUUGUGCAGACGAGAGAAUGCUCACAGGGAUAGGUUGCAUGGAGUCGUGCAUACUUCGGCCAUCACAGAGGAGGAGAAUGAGGCGCUCGCCUUGUCGGAUAUGACGGAUAAGGAAAAGAUUGCAUUCCGGUACUCAUACUAA